CCACCAAUAGGUUGCAUUUUACCUAUAAUAACCCAGUAGAAAUUAUGGUUCGUACCUAAGCAAGUAAAGUACUCUACUUGCUUCAGCACUCUACCGGUAUUUUGGGUGUUCCUAGCAUUGGAAUAGUUACAGCUAUUGAGCCACUUCCUUGAGUUGCCCAGCUCGAUACCUACCGUAGCGAACUCACCUCGCCACCGUGCUUGUUGCAAUCAUUCAUAUAGACACUGCGCACACAAGAUCAAAAACCGGACCAGCCCCCUCUGCUCCCGAGCGGCUGAAGUCCAGACCCGAUAGAUACCUCUGGAGUCUGAACGGUCCCUUUUUCGAUCACGAAAACCCGACACACCACUCACGGCAACGAUGAAGACGAAGCUUGUUGUUCGCAUUAUUCUAGUCCACGGAUUGGUCUUCGCCGAGAGGGCGUUCGGCCAGGCGCCGGUGUUUGUCGGCGUUCCAGGAACGAGCUCCACCCCCUUCCUGCAAACAUUCAUGUCUUCAAUCCUCGAAACUGUAUUAGCAACGCCAACGCCAGAACCCCCCAUCCCUAGCACAGUCUCCACCGAGGAGCCCCCGAUGGAUACGAUCAUGACCGUGGAGGUGGUGACGCUGUUCACAGCAGAGAUCCCGGGGGCCAGCACCACGUCUGCAGCAUCCGGUCCCCGCACUAGCGAAAGCAGCAACCCUCCUGCUCCUCCACCACCACCUACUCCUCCACCAGCAACUACUCCUCCACCACCACCACCUACUCCUCCACCCGCAAUACCAGAUACACCCGCAACAAAGUCCUCCGCGCUACCAAAGAUAGCCGGCGGCGUCGUCGUCUGCCUGCUCGUCAUCGUAGCUAUAGCCGUCGUAUUCUUCUGCCGGCGGAGACGAAAGCUAGCGCGGAUACGCGCGUAUGCGUGCGCCCAGGUGCCGGAGCUCGAUGGGAAUCCGCGAUCGGAGCUGGAAGGGCGCGGGAUCGAGGAGACGCAGAAGUUGCCGGAAUCCGUGGCGGCGAUGCAGAUGCACGAGGGUCGGGGAUCGGUCGUCCCGGUGGAGUUGGGUGGGACUGGUGUGCUCGAGAUGCCGGCGGGGGAUGGUGGCGAACAGGUGGAGGGGCAGGAUGAGCCCGGGUGGCGGGGUGCGGCCGAUGUGCGAGAGAUGGAGGCAAGAGAUGGCAAUGAGGCGGCGGAGGAGCAGGAAGACUCCGAGUGGCUGGCGGAGGAGGAGAGAAAAGUCCAGGAGAGGGCUAGGGCGUUGCAGGAGCUCAGACGGUUACAGGAUGAUGAGAAGAGGCUGCGGGAACAGAAGAGAGAGGUUAAGGAUCGAUUGAGAGAUCUUUAGGCUUGUAUGGGCCUAUGGGGUUCACCGGAUAGGAGGACGGAUAGUGGACCUGGGAUGAAUCGGUUACAUGAUGUAAAUAAUGUUGGUAGUCCGUUGUUAGACGAGGCGCAUAUAGGACGGAAUGUGCUCUGUCUUUUGGAUUUACACUGUUCGUGAAGAAAUACAUCACUGUUGGGACCAGGGAGACGCGUUAUACAUGCUAACCGAUCGUGCAGAUCACUCACCGCUAGUUAGUCCAA